ACAGACGGGGAAUGGGGGAAUGGGAGGCUGCUGGGAAAAGAUGGCAGCUUCCGUUUGUUUGUGUGGAAUUACAGAGCUGUGAAGAAGGUGUAAACAUACUUUCCUCCGUUCAUAGACGGGUUUCAGUCGCUCAGUCGUGGUUUACACCGUCCGCUGAACAAACAUUUUCUUGGUAGAAGAUGGAGAAGAGCGGCAGCAUCGACAGUUUGGGCUCGAAACGCUCCUCCUCACGACAGCCGAGUGUUGAUUCAUUGUCCAGUACAUCGACUUCUCGCUCUGACCGCUCAGCCCAGGCCAAGCCACCCUCUGCCAUGUCCUCUGACUCUAUGUCCACCUCUGCAGAGUUUUCCCCAGAGCUCCGGGUCAGUAGCCUGCAUGUCAAACCCAAAACUGCAGUCAAACAGGUGCUUAGAGAUUCAGAAAAAGAGGAACCACAGUUGCUUCCAAAUGAAACUGUGCAAGACAUGGCCCAAGAUAUCACCUACUUCUGUCCUUUCACUGGAGCGGUGAGAGGGACAGUGAUGGUCACAAACUACAGGCUGUUUUUCAAAUCCACUGAUAGGGAACCAGCAUUUGUGCUGGACCUGCCUCUUGGGGUGGUUAGUCGUGUGGAGAAGAUUGGAGGUGCUUCAAGCCGCGGUGAUGUGUCCUAUGGUCUAGUUUGCAAGGAUAUGCGUAAUCUACGAUUUGCUCACAAACAGAUGGAGGACACACUCAGGAAGUCCAUUUUCGAAGUGCUGAUAAAAUUUGCAUUUCCUGUUUCCAAUGGGCUGCAAAUCUUUGCCUUUGAAUACGGGCAAGUUUUUCCCGAAAACGGGUGGAAGGUGUAUGACGCCAUCUCCGAGUACAAAAGACAGGGUAUACCCAACGAAAGCUGGAGGAUAACAAAAAUCAAUGAUCACUACGAGCUGUGUGACACCUACCCAUCAACUCUGGCGGUGCCCGUCAACAUACCAGACGAAGAGCUGAGGAGGGUAGCUGCCUUCCGAGCAAAGGGCAGAAUACCUGUUUUAUCAUGGAUCCAUCCUGAGAGCCAAGCCACAGUGACGCGCUGCAGUCAGCCCAUGGUUGGGGUAAACGGGAAGCGCAGCAAAGAAGAUGAGAAAUACCUCCAGGCAAUCAUGGAUGCAAAUGCCCAGUCCCAUAAAUUGUUCAUUUUUGAUGUCAGGCCCUGUGUCAACGCUGCUGCCAACAAGAAGAACGGUGGUGGAUAUGAAAGUGAGGACGCUUAUCAAAAUGCAGAGCUGGUAUUCUUGGAUAUUCACAAUAUUCAUGUGAUGAGGGAGUCGCUCCGCAAGCUGAAGGACGUGGUCUAUCCUAACAUCGAGGACUCCCAUUGGCUCUCCAAUCUGGAAUCCACUCACUGGCUUGAGCACAUCAAGCUGAUCCUGGCAGGAGCGCUGCGGAUUGCAGACAAGGUAGAGUCUGGGAAAACUUCCGUGGUGGUUCACUGUAGCGAUGGCUGGGACCGUACAGCCCAACUCACCUCCUUGGCCAUGCUCAUGCUGGACAGUCACUACCGCACAAUUCGCGGCUUCGAGGUGCUCCUGGAGAAAGAGUGGCUGAGCUUCGGUCACCGCUUCCAACUGCGAAUUGGUCAUGGUGAUAAAAACCACACAGAUGCAGACCGCUCACCUGUUUUUAUUCAAUUUGUUGACUGCGUUUGGCAGCUGACUCGUCAGUUUCCUGCAGCCUUUGAGUUCAACGAAUACUUCCUGGUUACCAUACUGGACCACCUGUACAGCUGCCUGUUUGGGACGUUCUUGUGUAACAGUGAACAGCAGAGGUUAAAGGAAGAGAUUCCCAAAAGGACAGUAUCAUUGUGGUCGUACAUUAACAGCCAGCUGGAGGACUUCACCAAUCCUCUGUAUGUGAACUACUCCAACCAUGUGCUGUUCCCUGUAGUCAGCCUGCGCCACCUGGAGCUUUGGGUUGGCUAUUACAUCCGCUGGAACCCGCGCAUGAGACCUCAGGAGCCUGUUCAUCAGCGCUACAAAGAGCUGCUGGCGAAGCGCGCCGAGCUACAGAAGAGAGUGGACGAGCUACAGAGAGAGGUGACCAAUCGCUCCGCUUCCUCUUCUGAGCGGGCUGGCUCCCCCACGCGCUCCAUCACUCCAGUGCAGACGUUUGUUUGACACAACUAGACCUUCAUUACAGUUAUAGAGGCUGAAUCCAUCUAGCGCAAAGCUGCCAUACAGAUGUAAGGAAAAGGCCACACCUGGCACAUUAAUGCACCAUCAUCAAAAGUCUGAUAAAGCAGAUUUUCUGUAUUUGCAUCUCUGAGGUCUUGUAGAAUCUGCUUGUCGGGCUCAGACUGCCUGAGCACAGCCAUAUUGUUCUCUUCCUCUGCGGUUGAGAAGACAUGUAACCAGAAUACUGGGGACUGAUUUCCAUAUUGACCUACCUACAAUCAGUGUUGAUAGUCUUAAAAGUACACUAAAAUAAUACUAAGAUAAUAAGAUAAAAUAUAUAUAUAUAUAUAUAUAUAUAUACAUAUAUAUGUAUGUGUAUAUAUAUAUAUAUAUAUAUAUAUAUAUAUACAUACAUACAUAUAUAUAUAUGUAUGUGUAUAUACACACAUACAUAUAUAUAUCUGCCUUAUACAUGUCACAGGAUUCUGUUUCUCUACACUGCAAAUAUUUCUUAGGUAAUGCUUUGUUGAGCUGAUGCAAUUGCAAAAACGUACAAUACUGCAAAUACUAUUUUAAGGUUAAAACUCUAACAUCAACUAAAAUGCUUUGGAGUUUUACUAAAUGUUUUAUUUGGAGCUAAAGAGCUGUACUGUUAGCAUCUCCUAAUAUAAUACAAAAAAAUAGUCAUAGAGAUCAUUAAAAAGGUCGGGUUGUUUUCACAAGUUGGUGCUUUUAGAUUGUGACCAAAUAUCUCUUUUUACAUAGUUAGUGUCUUAUAUUACAUUCCUGUCAUUGAGUGAUUUGAGUUUUGUUUGUUUCAUCAAGCUAAUUAGCAUUAUUUAUUAUUCUUUACUUCAUACUAUUUAAAGCUCACAAACACGCUAAGUCAUGCUGCAAAGUGAUUACAGAUGUUCCCAUUCAAUGUUAAGAAGAUGCACAGAAUAUGCAAUAGUUAAUGCCAGUUAACAAUCCUUUACUCAAACUGUGUGACCAUUUCUUGCAGAUUCUUUUUUUAGGGCUUCCAUCAGAAAGUGUAACAUUUAAUAAUUUGCUACUGUUAUUUUUUUAGUUUGAUAAAUCUUGAUGAGUGCCUUGCUCUGAAUGACUGGGAGAGUAAUAAGAGAAAUAGUCUUGAAUGUUUUUUCUCGCCAAGGUGAAACGCUAAAACACAGACAGUGUUGGUCUGCCUUGCCACUGUGUGUAUGUGCAUACUUGCAAUAAACACAAACACAUUUAUGGA